AUGAAAAAAUCUCUUGCAUUAAUAGUCUUAUUAUACUUUCUUCUACUAAUGGUGGUACACAUUCCAGCAAACGAAGCGUUAAGGUAUUUACCAAACGAGCGUCUUGGCAAUUUACAGUUUCUACAAAAAGGUGAAGUUACUCCUUCUAAUCCUUCUAGCUGCACACAUAUCCCUGGCGGCCACGGGCCGCCAUGCCCUUUCCAAGAACGCCAUUUUGCUGGCCUCGCUAAAGUGCUACAACAAUGA